AUGUUUCCAAGGCUUAACCAUGUAUUAGUUGUAGCCCUGAAGUCCUCAGCUCCAGUAACAACAGCUGUAUCGCUAUUGGCUGGCGUUGUUUCCCACCAUCUAGUUUUCCGACCGUUUGAGAUUGAUGGCUAUGCUUGGCAGCUAUUCUUUACAUAUCUCAUCACAAUUUUCGUCUUGAUCAUUGGCAAUGUAUACUUUGCUGGCUAUAGCGUUGUUCUGGCAUUGGCUCGCAGUUUACUCAUCGCAGCUGCGUACAAUGCAGGAGUUGUAACCAGUAUUCUCGUCUAUAGAGCCUUUUUUCAUCCUCUAAAACGGUUUCCAGGACCAUUUUUGGCUAAAGUUUCUCGAUUCUAUGCCAUGAAUCAUGCGGCAAAGCAGGUACAAGCUUACAAAGACAUCCAAAAUCUCCAUGCAGAAUAUGGGGAUAUUGUUCGAGUUGGCCCCCGCGAACUAUCCAUCAACCGGCCGUCUGCUAUCAAGGUCAUCUACGAACACCCCACACGAACAACAAGAUCGCCUUGGUACGCACAGGUAUCGAAUGACGUAACCAAGAUAUCUCUAAACUCGACUCGGAUUCUGAAGGUGCACAAACUUCGUAAGAAGGCUUGGGAGAGGGGAUUUGGCUUUCGAGCCCUGGCUGUCUAUGCACCACGGGUAAAAGCCAAGGUAGAUCUUUUGCUAUCGAAAAUUGCGGAACACGGUGGUCGCCCAAUUGACAUGACUGAAUAUGCCAUGUUUUUCGGAUUUGAUGUCAUGGGAGAUAUUGGAUUUUCCAAAGACUUCUAUAUGCUCGAAUCCGGGAGCGAGCACCCGGCCAUCAAAGGCGUUCAUGAUAGCAUGCUGGCUAUUGGCGUUCUGGGAACAGCGCCAUGGUUAUUGUCUAUGAUCUCGAAAGUGCCAGGAGCGGCAGCGGGCUUUUCUCGAUUCACCGCAUGGUGCCACCAGCAACUUCAGGAGAAGCCGGCAAUGUUUAAAGACCGAGAUCCGCAAGAUGUCAUUUCUUGGCUGAUCAAAGCGUUCAAUGAAGGCGAUUCGUCAGCCCCUCCUGGCGAGAUGGCUAUGCAAGAGGAUGCUCGUCUCUUGAUUAUUACUGGAAGCGAUACAACAAGUGCCGUUAUAACUAAUGCGCUUUAUUUUCUCGCGAAAAACCCCGAUAGCUAUCGACGACUUCAAGCAGCAGUCGAAGAGCAAUCUCCGCCAGGCAUCAAUGACUGGAAGUAUGAGAAAAUUAUCCCUUAUGUAGACUAUGUCAUUCAGGAGACACUGCGACUCAAGCCUUCAGUUCCAGGAGGCCUACCUCGAGUAGCGCCUCCACAGGGUCUGAUGAUUGACGACGACUUUAUUCCGGGCGGCACAGUUAUUUCGGUCCCGACUUACACAAUACAGCGAGACCCGCGUUUCUGGACAGACGCGCACGACUUUAGACCGGAAAGAUGGGAAGAUCUGUCUACUGAAAAGGCUCCGUGGAUUCCAUUUACUCGAGGCCAAUGGGCUUGUCCGGGCAGAAAUUUCGCCAUGAUGGAGCUUCGGAUGGUCAUUAGCCGGAUCGCACUGGAGUAUAAUAUUGCGAUUGCUGAAGAGGAUCUCGGAGAGAGGUUUGACAAGGAGGUCAAGGAUACCUUUACUUUGACUCUUCCACCACUACGGCUGGCUUUUAGCCCUAAAUAA